GAAGAAAACCGGAAAUCAAGAAUCGCUUUGCUCGUGAGUCGAGACGGAUUGUGUCGCGUUUCUCUGGUGGACGGUUAGCUCUGCUCAGUACUCAGCAGGAGACAACAAAUCGGAAAAGAAACAGUUGGGCGACAGGUCACCUGGAUGCCAGCAGAGAGGUGGAGGAAGAUAAUUUAGAGGUGAUUGGACGAUUUUAUUCCCAAUUGUGCACCUUGUGAUCCUGUUUUCGCUGUUGAUACGUAUGGCAAUAUAGUUAGCUAACAAAAAUUGGAGAACAGACGGCAUGGAACUUUCUGGUUUUAUAUUUAUGUGUAAUGGAAAAACAAAACCGCAGUGCUACCAGUACCGUGUUUUUGGGCUUCCUGCCGUAAGAAAGCAAGUUGUAGAGAAAAUCAAGUGUGGCAUGAAACUUUUUUUGUUUGAUUUUGACGUGAAGCUUCUAUAUGGUAUAUAUGAAGCAACUUCUGAUGGAAAGUUGAACUUGGAAUAUACUGCUUUUGGUGGGAGGUUUCCAGCACAGGUGAGAUUCAGGAUAUUCAAGGAUUGUUUGCCUCUGCCAGAAAGUAACUUUAAACUUGCUAUCCAAGAGAAUUAUCAGAACGGAAAAUUUAGUCAAGAACUCAAUGCCCAGCAGGUGAGGGAUCUAUUGUCUAUGUUUGAUCCAUUUGCAGUGUCAAUGCCAUUACCUUUCCAUCCUAUGUUGCCCAAUAUGGCCACACCAUCAUUGUUCACUCCUCCCAAUCGAUCAAGAGAACGUCGGUUUCAGCCUCAAGCAAGGCUACCCGUGGAGGUGGCUGGGGUGCAAGUCAGGCAUGGUUUUACAGGUUUAGAGGCCCAACAUAUUCCACAGACAAUAAUACCCCAACAGCAUGAUUAUUACGCGCCCAUAGUGAACCUGGGCUACACCCAUCCAUCAAAUGAGGCACAAGAUGUCCGAGCUCUGAGGGAUCAAGAUAUGGCUGGGCCUGGGAUUCAUCACGAGUAUAACCCUUCAGUAUCAGUGCCUCAACAUGUGGAACAGAUGGUCACACCGUCGCAUUACUCUUCAUAUGGAUCCAUGGUCAACAGAAGCCAGACUGAAUCAGCUACUCAUGCACAAGCUCCAAGUAACCCAUAUUACCCAAUGGAACAUCAAAAUUCACACUUGCUUGGAGAACUCGUCCAUCAUCUGCCUGACCUGUAUCGCAGGUAUGGAGCUGACACAAAUGUGGCUCCCUACAGUCAGCACCUUGGCUUAGGGAAUGUAAGUUAUCAGUUUUCAUCACAAGGGGGGUCUGUUGGAUACUGGGAUCACCAGCAAGCGCCUGCAGUCCCACACACUUCACAGCCGGUACAAACACAUUCCUCAAUACCAGAAAUACACACAAUGACCGCUCCUUACAGUCAGAACCUUGGGUUUGGUAAUGCUACUUAUCAGUUUCCGUCACAAGGGGGUUAUAUUGUCCCUCAGCAAGAGAAUGCUGUUGGAUACGGGAAUCACCAGCAAACGCCUGCUGCUCCACACACUUCUCAGCCUGUGCAAACACAUUCCUCAACACCUGAAACAGCUGGGCUGGUUGGGGGAAAUAUUCCUGUUCCACUAAUGUAUCCUUACCAAGGUUACCCUUCAGUUAGGUAUGGACUAUGGAGGGUUGUGAGCUUAGAGCAAUUAUCGGAGAGUAGACUAGAGAUAUUGACUGGUGAGUGUUGUAUUCAACUUCAUUGCAUGAUUCAUUUGAAAGUUUGUCUACAUUCCCAUUUCUCUCGGUUUCUCACUUGUGGGAAGUGGGAAAAAGAGACGGUCCAUAAGAAGUCAAGGCUGAAGUUGAGGAGGGUUCCUAUAGUGGUUGACUGCUUGACUUGUGUGCUUGUUUAUUCUGUGGUCGGUCACACACAAGUGGCUAUUUUGAUAGCCAAUGUAUGCUUACUUGGUGCGCCCUGCCCUUGUCCUAAUUUUAGUUUGACAAUUCGUAUUAUUACAAAAAAGAGAUGGGAAUACAAUGAAGAGGUUAAGAAGCCAAUAAGGUAUUCUCUGAAUCGCACUUGCCAAGGCCCACCAACAUACCGGGCCUUUGACCGCAUCAAGACUGAAGAGCGCAAGGUUAAGGUGGUGUUUGUAAACGGUGCUCGGAUGGGGAUUUGCUGUUCAGACGCGGCUGGCGGGAUGUCGACCGUGGCCGGCACCGCUGCCGCUGCUUCUCCAAACGACGCUAUCAGCUACUUCCUCAAGUCUCGCGGCUACCAUGGUCUCUUCUCUGAGAUCGAGUUAUCAUUUUCUGCUACAAAUUUGCGCGAUUUGGACGUCUUCUCAAAGAGUGAUCCCAUGGUUGUUGUUUAUACGAAAGGAAAAGAUGGAGCACUCAGAGAAGUAUGUCGCACUGAAGUAGUUCUUAAUUCAUUGAACCCCACUUGGGUUACAAAGUAUAUCAUCAUGUUUCAGUUUGAAGUUGUUCAAACUCUCCUGUUUCGACUAUAUGACAUUGACACCCAGUUUCACAAUGUAGACGUAAAGAUUCUUAAUCUGGAAGAGCAGGAAUUCCUUGGUGAGGCAAGUUGUUCAUUGUCCGAGGUUGUGACAAAAUCAAAUGGGUCGUUGACAUUAGAUAUUGUACGUAGAGAAGAAUCUUCUAUAUCAAGCCAUUCUCGAUGCUCUGGAAAGCUUACUGUGCAUGCUGAGGAAUGCAUAAACUCUAAGACAACUACAGAGAUUAUAUUUAGGUGUUCAGAGUUGGAAAGCAAGGAUAUGUUCUCAAAAAGUGACCCCUUCUUGGUAAUAUCAAAAAUUGUGGAGGGAGGGAUCCCCAUUCCCGUCUGUAAAACAGAAGUCAUAAAGAAUGAUCUCAAGCCAACAUGGAAACCUGUGUUUCUGAAUAUUCAACAGGUUGGAAGCAAGGACAGUCCGUUAGUUAUAGAGUGCUUUAACUUCAAUAGCAAUGCCAGGCAUGAUUUAUUGGGAAAAGUUCAGAAAUCACUAAGAGAGUUGGAAAAGCUUCAUUCUAGUGGGGAAGGAGAAAAUUUAUUUAUACCACCAUCCACCGCGCACAAUGACCACAACAAGGUGUCGAAGAGCCUGUUAUUUGUUGACAAGUUUGCUGAGAGUAUACAGAACACUUUCUUGGAUUACUUGGCAGGAGGAUUUGAACUGAACUUUAUGGUGGCUGUCGAUUUCACAGCUUCAAAUGGAAAUCCCCGUCUCCCAGAUUCCUUGCAUUAUAUUGAUCCCUCUGGACGGCCAAAUGCAUACCAGCAAGCAAUAAUAGAAGUUGGUGAGGUGUUGCAAUUUUAUGAUUCAGACAGACACUUUCCUGCAUGGGGUUUUGGAGCACGUCCAAUUGAUGGCCCAGUUUCUCAUUGUUUUAACUUGAAUGGAAGUAGUAGUUAUUGUGAGGUUGAAGGAAUUCAAGGAAUUAUGACGGCAUAUACAAGUGCCCUCUUUAAUGUUUCUCUUGCGGGACCAACGCUUUUUGGACACGUGAUUACCAAUGCUGCUCUAAUUGCCAGUCAGUCUCAUGCAAAUGGAGGACGAAAAUACUUUGUGUUGCUAAUAAUCACGGAUGGGGUGGUAACAGAUCUUCAAGAAACCAAAGAUGCUCUAGUUAAAGCAUCAGACCUACCGCUGUCAGUCCUCAUUGUUGGAGUUGGAGGAGCUGAUUUCAAAGAAAUGGAGAAUUUAGAUGCAGACAAGGGAGACAGACUUGAGAGUUCAAGUGGGAGAGUUGCUUCGCGGGAUAUAGUACAAUUUGUUCCACUCCGAGAUGUACAAAGUGGAGAAAUUUCAGUUGUUCAAGCACUUUUAGCAGAACUACCAAGCCAAUUUUUAACCUACAUGCGAACCAGAAAUAUUGAGCCGACUACAUGAUACUCUAUCGAAAUUUACAUAUGCAAUCAAAUUCAUUUAGUUGCUGGUUUCAUGCCAUUUGAUUUUACCUUCCUGGGGGUCAUGUUGAAAAAUGCUCAUAGGUGUUAGGUUUUCAGCGAGACCUCACUGGAAAGGUAGAAUGAGCUGCAUGAUCCUUCUUCCAGAGAAUUGCAGCUAGAUUGGCGUUCUGGUCGGGGGAUUGAUUAUUUGGUGUUAUCAACCAAAAGGAUCAAUGGAGGUAAACACCUAAACUGCAAAUUUCCAAGUUACAACUAAAGAAAAAUGGUUCAUUCAAGUUUUCGUCACCUGCCAACUCAUUUAGGAGUUUGGGCACAUUGUGCUGGCCGAGACAAGAUUUCUUGGCCUUCCAUGCUCAUCAUAUUUUCUGUGUAAUUGUAGAUGUUUGGCGACUUUUUAUUUUUAUUUCUUAUUAUUAUCGGAACGCAAACAAAACUAUGAGAGUGGAUGGUGAAAUUUAGUGGCAUAGUGUUAUUAGAAUAAGCAGCAUGGGCCUUUCGCAUUUAGAAACUCUAUUUUUAAUUUGCACGUAUUUCCACAAUUCUUCUGUAAAACUUAAUAUUAGCAUACAAUUAGGAUGCUA